AUGCCAUUCGGAUUGGCAAAUGCUCCGUCUAUAUUUCAAAGGACAAUGAAUAAAAUACUCGCAGAAGCUAAAAUAAAAUAUGCUUUAAUUUAUAUGGAUGAUGUUUUAAUUCCAGCUAAGUCUUAUUCUGAAGGAAUAAAUCAACAAGAAAAUUCAUUUAUUACAUUAAAAAGUAAAUUAGUGGAAAGACCUAUAUUGGCACUCUAUGAUCAAAAGCUUGAAACUGAAUUGCAUACAGAUGCGUCUAAAAUAGGUAUAGCUGGAAUCUUAUUGCAAAAAGGGGCUGAUAAUUUGUUACGACCCGUUGCUUAUUAUAGUCGAAAAAAUACUAGUGAAGAGCAAAGGAUGCAUUCAUUCGAACAAGAGACACUUGCGGUAAUAUCUUCAUUAAACAGGUUUAGAGUAUAUUUAUUAGGCAUAAAAUUUAAAAUUGUAACAGACUGUAGUGCCUUGCGUACAACUUUUACAAAACGUGAUCUUACUCCACGUAUAGCGAGGUGGUGGAUUCAAUUUCAAGAGUUUGAUUGUGAAAUUGAAUAUCGACCAGGGAAUAAAAUGGGCCAUGUCGAUGCGCUUAGUAGGGGUCCUGUUAAUGAUUCUAAUCCGGAUACUGACUUACAAAUAUUAGACGUAUUAAAUUUCACCACUGAAGAUUGGAUAGCUACUAUACAGAAUAAUGAUGAGGAAAUUAAGAGAAUAAAGGAAAUACUGGAAUCAAAAAAUACUAAAGAUACCGUUGAUAUAUAUAAUAAUUAUCAGUUGAAAGGGGGUAAGGUUUACAGAAACAUAGAUGGAGGUAUUAGAUGGGUUGUACCAAGGGGUGUUCGAUGGCAAAUUCUACGCAUGAAUCACGAUGAUAUCGGUCACUUCGGAUUCGAAAAAACUCUUGAACGCGUAAGAUCUACAUAUUGGUUUCCUAAAAUGAGAAAAUUUAUUAAGAAAUAUUGUAAUUCAUGCCUAGAAUGUGCAUAUCAUAAAGUUCCGGGAGCUGCGUGUGCCAACAAAGGUGUAUUGUCUUAUAAUCCAACUGAACCACAAUUCGACACGACCGGAAAUCAAAAGCAA